UCGCGCAUAGACGAAGCACCCGCGAGCCUACUUGGCAAAGCCGCCUCAUCUCAUCUCAAGCCACAGAGCUGCAGAUUUUUUUUUCUCAUCGACUGCGACCCAACGGAUUGGCAGCGCGACGCGAUGCGCAGGGAACUACAGUCUGCUAUGACAACUUUCCUUUGACUUUACUUUGGCAUCGUUCAUUUUUUUCCUGUUAUGUUCUGUUUCAUUUCAACCAUCCUGCUUUUAUUUGAAACUACAUCGUUUUCCAUCUGAUGUCAUCGGUCAUUAUUUGUUUUUCUCCCUGGGCUGGGUGGUCGUGAAGUCUGCUGCUGCUGCUGUUGUGUUGUGAAGUGGCCGUCGCUCUAUCAGCCUCGAUUUUUUUUUUAACGGAAUACCUCCACUGAUUUUCCCCUUCUCUCUCCCGCGCCGAACGAGCUCGUGUGUGGAAUUGUUGGUCCUACCUGCUGCUCUCUCUCUCGAGCGCUACGUUUGGAGCUUUUGUUUUCCUCGCCGGACCGAUCUGGGAUUAUUCUUUAUGUGUGUGCGCACGGGGAAACGGACAGCGAUGGCCAAGGCGACAGGACUCGCCCGUGUGUGAGGCUGGUCCGUGCCCGUGUGCCUGGCUGCUUCCGCCGUUCAGCCUCUCGCUCCCCGUUUUUUACCGAAUGAGAAAGUCUCAGCCUCACCCGCCUCUCGCUUUGCUCUCGAGAGCUGAUUUCGGAUCUGUUUGCUGGCGCAUCGACGUAACCGACGACAGGAUUUUUCUUCUUUCCGUCUGCACCGGGACUUUCCGUGGAGUGCAGCUCCCUGUCUGGCUUUACCGGGACUGCUCGAGGAGAGUUGCCGAGGGCUCGCGAAUGCACUUCUUGUGAGCCCGGCAUUGUUGGCUGCCCUGUCGUGCGGAGUUUGGAUUCCUUUCAGCCCUCGUCGUCUCUGUGUGUGCGAGUGUAUGUGAGAUAUUUUCGAGCCCUUUCCGACCACAGUUGGAGCACAACGAGAGGAGUGCGGGCGGGGGUGUCCGUUGGAGUCUCGCGAAGGCAUCAUGGGGGACUCGGUGUGGAUGUACUAUUUUGGAGUUUUAUUUAUCGCCUUCAAGGUGAAUGUGUCGCGAGGGAUGGUUUUGGACUCCAUAUACUGGAACACAACAAAUACAAAGUUUGUAUCGGGCCAGGGCCUGGUACUAUACCCCCAGAUCGGGGACAAGAUGGACAUUGUGUGUCCGCGCGUGGAGGGCGGCGGGGCGGGGGCGGGGUCGGGCGAGGGGGUGGAGUUCUACAAGGUGUACCUGGUGACGCGGGAGCAGCUGGACCGCUGCUACAUCACCAAACAGGACACGCCCCUCCUGAACUGCAUCAAGCCCGACCAGGACGUCAAGUUCACGCUCAAGUUCCAGGAGUUCAGCCCCAACCUCUGGGGACUGGAGUUCUACCGGGGAAAAGAUUACUACAUCAUCUCCACGUCCAAUGGCACGUUGGAGGGCAUCAACAACCCGGAUGGAGGCGUCUGCAAAACCAAAUCCAUGAAGAUCGUCAUGAAAGUCGGACAGAGUCCGUCGGACCCUUCAGAGCCGGGGGUGAAUAAUAAUAAGGAGACGACGUACACCAACAACAACAAGGAGACAGGAGGGGGAGGAGCCAAGCCGGUGCCAGACCCCAAGAACGAGGUCAUCGACAAGCCAGAUCAGCAUGGCAACUCGGACACGUCAGGGGGCGGGGCCGGCGGCGACCGCGGCGGCGGCAAAUCCUCCAGCGUGAUUGGCUCGGAGGUGGCCCUGUUCGCCGGCAUCGCGUCCGGCAGCGUCAUCUUCAUCAUCAUCAUCGUCAUGCUGGUGCUGCUGCUCCUCAAGUACCGCCGCCGCCACCGCAAGCACUCGCCGCAACACGGCGGCGCCGCCGGGCACCACGCGCACACGCUCUCCCUCAGCUCCUUGGCCACGCCCAAACGCUCGGGAGGACAGCACCACGCCCCCGGCGGCGGCGGCAACAACAACGGCUCGGAACCCAGUGACAUCAUCAUUCCGCUGCGCACGGCCGACAGCGUGUUCUGCCCGCACUACGAGAAGGUCAGCGGAGACUAUGGCCACCCCGUGUACAUCGUGCAGGAGAUGCCGCCGCAGAGCCCGGCCAAUAUAUACUACAAGGUCUAGAGAGGAGAGAGGACCGGACCUCACACACACACACACACAGGGCACAGGACACAGCAGACACACUUGAGGAACGCCCACAGCUACCACACACACACAGGACACACACACCAAGAUCUACUACAAGGUCUAGAGAGAGGACCGGACCUCACACAC